UAUGCAUGCGUUCAGGGUGUUACGUACCAUGCGCAAUGAUAAGAAAGUAGAGGUAAUGUAUGGACGUUUAAGACACCGAUGAAGCUGGGAGUUCUCUAAAUUUGAUGGUUGAGCUGCAUAAUUAACUUCUGAUUGUAAGUGUGAACAUUUGUGAGUAUUCACUUUUCGCUUAAACAAGUCCUUAUGAUGAAAUCUUUACUCGGUCGUACCACCAGUCUGCUGCUGCUAGGCCACAAAAUGUUACCGGCUCUUCGCUCAACAUGCCCGAUUCUGGGCGGUUUAAUCCGCGGUACAUAUGUUGCUAGUCUUAGUAGUAGGGGCCUAAGUCAAGCUCAAGCACCAAGAAAUAUCGGCAUUAUCGGCGCUCCUAUAAAUAAAGGACAGGGUAAAUCUGGAACUAGACUGGGCCCGCAAACAAUUCGAGAUGUGGGAUUGAUUCAGCAAUUGAAAGAUAUAGAAAGAGAUGUGAAAGAUUACGGAGAUAUAAAAUUUCCAGAAAUGGAUGAAGAUAUGACAUCGAUGAGACCAGUUAAAAACUCUCGCUUCCUAGGAAAAGCAACACAGAUGAUAUCUAAUGCUGUAUACAAAAUCAUGAAAGAAGACAAACGUUUAUGCUUGACUUUGGGCGGAGAUCACGCAUUAUCUGUGGGUAGUGUUCACGGCCAUGCACGAGUGAACCCAAACUUGUGCUUGUUAUGGAUCGACGCACAUGCUGAUUUGAACACACCGUUGACGUCAAUGUCAGGAAACCUUCAUGGCAUGGUACAGUCUUUCCUUGUUCAUGAGCUGACUGACUACAUGCCAACGGUUCCUGGAUUUGACUGGAUUAAACCUUGCAUCUCAUUAAAAGAUAUAGUUUAUAUUGGUUUGCGUGAUAUCGAUCCUGGGGAAAAAUAUAUCAUGGAGAAAUUUGGCAUGACUGGAUAUUCUAUACAUGAUGUGGAUAAACUUGGUGUGAAAGAAGUUCUAAGUCGUGCACUUGAAACGGUUAACCCUAUGGGAGACAGACCCAUACACUUGAGUUAUGAUAUUGAUUCACUAGACCCCGUUGUAUCACCUAGUACCGGAACCCCUGUGAUGGGUGGCUUGACCUAUCGUGAGGGAAUGUAUAUUGCGGAGGUUGUAUCGGAUACAGGUCUCCUCCAUGCUGUGGAUGUCGUAGAGCUUAACCCAGAGCUUGGAACACCAAGGGAGCAAGACACCACGAUAAUGGCUGCAAUGAACAUUGUUACAGCCAGCUUGGGCAAAGUGAGAGAGGGGCACCGACCCAAAAUUUAUGAGCUUCCAAAACCAUAAAUAGACCAUCAGCCAAGCCAAGUUUAAAUUAAUAUUAAAAAUCUAUGCAUUAUUAGUUCAUGAUAAAUUGGGUGUCAAAACUAAUUUCUUUUGCAUAUUACAAUACCAAAUACUGAUAUCUGUAUUUUAUUUAUUAUACAGUAGCGAGGUACGGUAGAUGUCAUUCCAAUUAUUAUACUAGAUCACUUUUAGGACCCGGACCAGGUUUUUCAUGGUCUUUAAAAGGUUUUUUUUUUUUUUUUUUUUAAAUUUAAUCAUGCUGUAAUGAUCCGUUUGAUGGUAUUUUAAAUCAAGUCCUGUUAAUAAUACAAUAAUCAAAUCUUAUUUGACAAAACAAUGUGAGAUGCUUACAUAUGGUCAUGAUCACAGCACAUCAUGACACUAUAUACUGUAUAGCAUACACCAGUUUUUUGUCAAAGAUGAUUUGAUACAGUAGUCUGGGCAGGAUAUCUGGAUAGAGUUAUUUUGGAUGGUCUUUAACUCAUGUGGGUUUUAUUAGGUAGAUAAUUACAUUAUAAAAUUAUUUUUAAAAGGGGAAUCAGGAAUACAUUUAGCUAUAUAUUUUCAUAGUCAACUAUCUGAUCUGUACCACAUAUCAUUAUAACAGACUACUGUAAUUGGGUUAAGAUCAUGUAACAGAUUAGUAAGUUAGUUCUAUCUUCCUCUCUUGCUGAUUCUUACACCAUCCUUUUAUACCUCCGUAGCUAAAACAGUCAUUAACCAGGAUUUAUUUUGUUUGUAAUACUUGAAUAAAUGUGUCUGUAAUGAAAUUUCUUUAGGUUAGACUAGCCCUCUGUAGGCCUACAAUUUUGUACAACAUUUAUGUCUCUUUGCUGUAGUUAUAAUAAAUCUACAGUAUCUUUGUUGUCAGAAACUGAACCAGUAUCAGUACAGUAUUUUAUAGAUAUUUGCAUGAAGCUGAUUAUGGGCAUUCUGAAAUUUAAAAGAAAUACAGUAAUGAUUAAAUGAACAUUUUAAGAAAAUUACAGUAAGUGCAUUGUAUUAGAAGAUAUAAAUAGUAAUUAUGAAUCUUAAUAUUUUAUUUUUAAGGUGGUGUAAUGCAGAUUAAUGUACUAUGUAGGUUUACUUCACGCUACAGUAUUACAAUUUUCAAUUAAAAUUAUUAUUUUAUUAAAAACAAUUUUACUAUUUACCAUAAAAAUACUGAAUUGCGCAUACAGUAUCUAGUGUUACAACAAACCAUACUUGUACAGUACUGGGAGAAAAAGGGUGUAACCACUCUUUUUUCCGCCGUUUUUAAAUAUUCAAAAAUAUGUAUCUCAUUAACCGUUACCAAAUUGUUUGUCAAAUAUGUUUUUGUGUCUUAGAAAAAUCAGUUGUUUUUUUCUCCGAAGUUGGACUUUAAACCUUAUUUAAUGAGGGUAGUCCAUGCAGCUGACCAUUAAUAAAUGAGCUGAUAAAUUAUAGGGGUUCUCAAAACCCAACGAUGUACCAGUAUGCAUGUGCAAUUGUUAAUUUUAACUGACCAUGCAAUAUACAGUAUUUGAUUGUUUUAAGAGUGAUAAUUGGUGGUUAGAACUAUAUUAUCCAAAUAAUAACUCAUGUGUGCUGGUAUAGUGUAGUAAAAGUAUGAUGAGGAAGGUUGUAGUAAUUGGAUAAAAAUUGUGGACUGCAAAGAGGAAGGGAAUUUAAUGGGUUUCAAAUUAAUAAUGUAGCCAACGUAGAAAGCAGCUAGAAAAACAGUAUGUCCAUAUAGGAUAAAUAUGCAGUUGAAUUUGCUAACUAGAACUUAUUUUACAUGCCAAAUUGUUGUUUUAAUUAACAAUCUGUAAGUCAAAUUUUAUCUCAGUCGAAUAAUUUUUCAAUGCCACUUUGAAUUCGACUUAGGCAAGUUCAACUCACAAUACUGUAAAUUUUAAUCACUGAUGACUUGUAGUAAAUUAAAGCUAAAUGAAGGUACAGUACUGUGGUUCGGCAUUUAUGAUGUGUGGCUGGGUGGGUGUACAGGGGCGGAUGUAUGGGGGGGCCAGGCCGGCCCUGGACCCCAUUUUUGAAAGAAAAAGAAAAUUGAUCUCUCUAAACGCCUCAGAGAUUAUUUUUGGCCAUCUACAACACACAAAUUUUGCGGGGAAUCCCCCGAACCCCGUGGGGUAGUAUUAUCUCGACUGGCCGACCUUUCGGGGGGGCCCCUUUUGGACAUCCCUGGAUCCGCCCCUGGUGUGUGAAUGGUAUGGUUACAGUUCCUAGUUGUAGUAUUGUCUAUUUUGGAUUGUUUUAACAAUAAAAUAUUUGUCUAUAUGGUAAAUCUAAUACAGUACUUGUAUGUAUAGGAGUUGCUGUACAUACUUAAGCUUUUUAAAAUGAUGAAUGCAAUACAGUACAGUAUUUUACAAAACCACCUAGCAGUAUUAUAAAGUUCGCCCUCCAAUUCAAGACCCUUUUACUGUAAUUUGAGACACUUUUUUCGAAGUAUGAAAACUAUCCAUCAUCAAUCUAACACAAACCUAGUGUAACCCUCCAAUUGGAGACCGAACUCCAAGACUACCCCAUAUAUUAAGUCCCAAUGGUGGUCUUGAAUUGGAGGGCAAACUGGAUUCUCUGAUACAGGUAUGUAGAUCACUAUAAUUAGAAUUUUCUUCAUGGAUAAUAAAUUAUUUUUAAAAGAAAA